AUGCGGUUCUUGCUUCCUUUCGUGUUUGUCUUCGCCGUCGUCCGUCCAGGUUCGACAUACUCGAUCAUUUUUGUCCGCCAACCACGCUGGAAAACGUAAAAAAUAAGUUGUUUUUUAGUCGCAGGCUUCUUUUUUGUGUUUUGUGGUAUUAUAGCUUUUUUAUAUUGCAAAAUCUUGAAGGGUUUUUGAGCAGGUAAACAAAAACAGUGACGGUAAGAAAUUCGAAUAAUUUUCCACAAGACUGGCAGAAAUAGGGAAGUUGAAUGUUUGAACCAUCUGGAAAAAAACCCUAUCAAAAAUCAGAAAACGCGAGCACCAUAUCUUUAUCAGUGGGUUUUUGUUCCUUGUUCGUUCAGAGUGAAACGUUUUCCGAAGAGUUAGGAAAAAAAGGAAAAGGGAAAAAGCAGUUCUACAGUGGUUGAAUGAAAUAGGUUACUCAAAAGCAAAGUUGGUUGCGAAUGGAAUGUUUUCGAAAAUGGCAUCAUUCCUUCAUAGACAGCUGCGACCUGACUCAGUCUCCGAAAAGUUGGGCCUCCAUAGAUGCGCACAACGUCUUCUUGUAUGCCGUAGAGACGCCCGCAAGCUUCCCGAGCUCUUCCUUUUGUUCACAGGUUAUCUUCCAUCGAGCUGUUCCGGAAUUUCAGAGACUGAUUCCAGGAUGACUUCAUGAGCAACACAAUCACAGUUCACGCGCACGUUCAUCUGGCCAAGCCGACUGCGUCUGGCAAGGAUACCGUCACGACCGCCGAUCCCAGUAAGGGACGAAGAGAAGACUUAUCUGGAUCCUGUUCAGGCGUCUCUAAUUGCGCUAACUUCAACUCGCAGCUCAAGUACUGCAGAUCUCACUGCUCCGACACGGCUCUUCUGAAGAGAAUCAUCGACGUCGGCGUGAACAAUGGCAGUCUCCCUUUGUCGGUUUCCGAAGAGGUCUGAAAUUAGUCUCAGCAAUUACCUGGCCGGAACUUUCAGGUGUAUCUGGAACUCGGCUCACCGCAAGACUGGACUGUCACCACCCUUCAAGUGGACCCUUCGAGGAGCAGCCUUCAGAUCAACUACGAUUUCUACAACGAUAAGUACUUCUGCUCGGUCCACCUCAAGGUAUAAGAAAAAUUAUAUUCACGGAAACGAUGUAUUUUCAGGCCAAUAAUGUGAACAACUCACCUUACUCUCUGCUCGUAAUUGCUUCGAGAAUUAUCGUUUAA